AAGGUCCUAGAUCACAACCCGAGUGACGAGGUCAUCGUACGCGAGAGGGAGCGAGAGGAGAAAUACUAACGUUUGAAACCCUAAUAAUUUCCCCCGCUCUCUCAACGAAACGAAAUCUUGCAUCGCCCAAUUCAUUCGCCCCGUCUGAACUCCGGCCCCAUCUCGCGCACGAACUUGAUCGGAACCGCCUCGUGACAUCUCAAUUUCCCGUCGUUUGCCCCGCCGCGCGAAGCUCUCUUUGCUCACUCGGCCACGGCCAAAUGGAGCAUCCGGAAUUCGUCCUUCCGUCUGCGCGUCAAUUCGUUCGGCGGAGCUGAAUUCGAGAAGUCGUCUGCGUUUUCUUUUCGCUUACUGUUGCUGAUUUCAAGUCCGAGCCAUACUUGAGGAGGGAUUCGGAUCAGUGUAGAAGCUUUUCAGCAGUUUGAGAGACUUUGUUUGGGUAGAGAGAGAGAGAGAGAGAGAGAGAGAGAGAGAGAGAGAGAGAGACGUUUUGAAUUCUUCCUGUCACUGUGAUCUGUAGAAGAAUAAGCGGCGUCCCGGAUUGUUGCUAAAGGCAUAUUGCUUAGAUCUGGCUUCAAGUCUCUCUAGAGCCAAAAGUAUAAAAGAGAUAUAAUAAUUGCUUCUAAAAAGUCGUAUUUGUGAUUAGCUGCACCAUGAAAGAUUGAUAUGGAUCCUGAAAGCAAGAAUUUUGGAAAAGGAUCGAGAGAAUUGACUGGCUCUGUAGAUCUCAUAAAUCACUUUAAGCUGUCACCCCAUCAUGAUUUUUUCUGCAAGAAGUCCCUACCACUGUCACUUUCUGACACCCACUAUCUUCAUAAUUUGGUGGGAGAUACUGAAAUUCGGAAAGGAGAGGGUAUGCAGUUGGAUCAGCUUAUUCAGAGUACAUCAAACGGGAGAGAUUCUCACUUCCGCAUACAACCUUUUGACCUAGAUUCUCUUCGAGAUGCAUUCCAUCUGAGGGAAACCACCCGUGUUGACUUACCUGCAACAGAGAAGGGGAUUCCGACUAUUUCAGGAAAAUCAAGAAGUGAAUCGAAGGAUAAGGAGAAAAAGCAUAAAAAACAUAAAGAUAGAGAUAAGGAGAAAGAUAGAGAGCAUAAGAAGCACAAGCAUCGUCAUAAAGAUCGGAGCAAAGACAAAGACAAGGAAAGGAAAAAGGACAAAGUUGGGCAACAUGAUUCAGGAGUUGACAACUCCAAAAAACAUCAUGAAAAGAAAAGGAAGCAUGAUGGAGAUGAAGAUCUUAAUGAGCACAAACACAAGAAAAGUAAGCAUAAGAGCGCAAAACUUGACGAGGUGGGAGUCAUAAGGGUCGCGGGAUGAUGUGGUGGCAUAUUAUAGUAGUUCAUGUGCUUUCUUCACGUUUUGUCAGUAAAGGCUCUGGGGAUUUCUCUUACUGUUACUUAAGAGUGACCGAAGAUUGACCGAAGAUUUGAAGGUGAAUUCACCUUUGAAGAAUAUUCAGAUGUGAGGUAUAAUUGCUGAAUUUGAUUUCUUUGUAUUACAAAUGGGGGGAUUUCAUAUAGUUGAAACUAAUUUUUUUUCCAUCAGCUUAAUGGCAGAAUUGGAUGUCCAGCUCUUUAACAUUGUUAAUUAUUUCUUUAAUUUGGAAGCAUAGUUCUAUACUUAGUCUGAACGGAGUUUCCAGUUUUGAUUCCCAAGGAAAAUUGAUUUUGGAGGGGAUGUGUAUAUUGAUAUUUCCUCCCCCUCCAUCACACUAGCAUAUUAUUUAUGUCUGAUAUGCCUAAUUUAGUAAGAGGUUGCGAGCGUUGAGGAAUAUGUCAUGCAAUAUGACACCUCAGGACAUAAUGUUCAGUGUAUUGUUCUGUCAACUGACAGAAAUUGCCUAAAUUUAAUUACUGAUGGUGCUUCAAGGGGAAAAGGAUGGCACUAGUUAGUGUACAUGGAAAGUGUUGCUUC